UUGCUGAGCACUUGGGUUAUCCAACGGCAUCAUAAAUGGGCAUGAUCUGUAUCGAGCUUCUGGGAAGUUUGAGCUCCUAGAUCGCAUCCUGCCAAAGCUACAUGCCACUAACCACAGAGUCCUGUUAUUCUGCCAAAUGACCUCACUCAUGACGAUCAUGGAGGACUAUUUCAGCUACCGCAACUUUCAGUAUCUGCGUCUUGAUGGAACCACCAAGUCUGAGGACCGAGCUUUACUGCUGAAGAAAUUUAAUGAGGAAGGAUCUCAGUACUUCAUCUUCCUGCUCAGCACCAGAGCGGGUGGCCUCGGCCUUAACCUGCAGGCUGCCGAUACUGUUGUCAUCUUUGACAGUGACUGGAACCCACACCAGGACCUUCAGGCUCAGGACCGGGCUCACCGCAUCGGUCAGCAGAAUGAGGUGCGUGUGCUUCGUCUCUGUACCGUCAACAGUGUGGAGGAGAAAAUCUUGGCAGCUGCCAAAUACAAACUCAACGUGGAUCAGAAGGUCAUCCAGGCAGGCAUGUUCGACCAGAAGUCCUCGAGCCACGAGCGUCGUGUCUUCCUCCAGGCCAUUUUAGAGCAUGAGGAGCAGAAUGAGGAAGAAGAUGAGGUGCCCGAUGACGAAACCCUUAACCAGAUGAUAGCCCGCAAUGAAGAUGAAUUUGAGCUCUUCAUGCGCAUGGACAUGGACCGACGCCGGGAGCACGCCAGGAACCCAAAGCGUAAGCCUCGUCUAAUGGAAGAGGACGAGUUGCCAUCUUGGAUCAUCAAAGACGACGCGGAGGUGGAACGGCUCACAUAUGAAGAGGAGGAGGAGAAGCUGUUCGGCCGAGGAUCACGCUGUCGUCGGGACGUGGACUACAGUGACACGCUGACCGAAAAACAGUGGCUACGGGCUAUUGAGGAUGGGAACCUGGAAGAGAUGGAGGAGGAGAUCCGGCUGAAAAAGCGCAAACGCAAGAGACGUCAGGACAAGGACUCAUCGAGCAGAGAUGACGGCGGCACCAAGGCCAAGAAGAAACGUGGACGUCCACCAGCUGAGAAACUCUCCCCCAACCCCCCCAAACUCACCAAGCAAAUGAACACCAUCAUCGAUACGGUCAUCAACUACAGAGAUGGGUCAGGAAGACAACUAAGCGAGGUCUUUGUCCAGUUACCAUCCAGGAAGGAGCUCCCAGAGUAUUACGAGCUAAUCAGAAAACCCGUGGACUUCAAAAAGAUCAAGGAUCGUGUGAGAAACCAUAAAUACAGGAAUGUGGGCGACCUGGAGAAGGAUGUGAUGCUGCUUUGUCACAACGCCCAGACCUUCAACCUGGAGGGAUCCCAGAUAUACGAGGACUCCAUUGUCCUUCAGUCUGUGUUCAAGAGUGCCAGACAGAAGAUUGCCAAGGACGAAGAGAGUGAAGAUGACAGCGAUGAGGAUGACGAGGAAGAGUCAGAGGCAGAGGCCAAGUCGGUGCGGGUUAAGAUCAAGUUGAGUAAGGAGGCGCGCAGCCAUGACAAAGGCAAGAAGAGACAAAGCCGAGGGAAGGCCAAGCCGGUGGUGAGCGACGACGACAGCGACGAAGAUCUCGAUGACAAUGAUCAGUCAGACAAGAGCAAGAGUGACGACGACUGAGGGCGUGAGGAUAUUGUUUAUAGCACUUACAAACAAAAAGGACAAUAUCUUCCAUUACUGUUCAGGUUCUGUUUUCUUUUUAAUUUUACUUCAUUUGUCCUCGAGUGUCUGUAGUAUGCACCCCUUCUCCCACCAGCUUGGUAAUGUAUUACUAAUAAUUGAUAAGCUACAGCAAUACCAAUCUGCUUAUAUUCUUGUUUUUAAGACAAAUUUGUAGUAUAUUUUUUAACUCUGUGCUUUAAAGAAGGAAAUGAAAAAGGAGAAAAAAAAGAUUUGGUCAUGCUAUAUGUGCUUUUGCUUUAUUUGUACUUGCUUGCUUGUUGCACUUUUGGAAAAUUAAAUAUAUCCAUUUCCUUUUUUUUAAACAUAUAUAUAUAUAGCUACGGACAUCCAAGGUAAUUUGGAGAUCCACUUGUGAUUUUAAAAAAUGGCAAUCAAUUUUUGGAUUCAUUGUUUCACCUUGUGCAGUGCCAAAUGUUGAAACGUGAGGAAAUUGAUUGUUCGCUAAACCCCUCCCCUGACCAGCGAUUGUCCAGUUAUAGCUUAAUAAACGUAACUAGUUAUGGCAGGCCUGCCAAGCUUUAGUUUUGUUCACAUGUAGAUGCUAACAGAGUUUAGGCUAACAUUAGCGCCUGUGUCCUGUCUCUGCUGGAUUUGGGGAAGUUUAUGCUGUCAAACUUGGUUAGUUUUCAUUCUCAACACCUUUUCUGUUGUAAUGUUAAGAGUGAAACUUAAUACUCUUUGAAAAGCUAAACAGGGUCAGAUUAAAUCAGAAUAACAGUCUGAAUCUCACAUUUUUCCUUAUCGUACUUACUAUAGUGUAGUGCUCUAGCAGUGUAGAGCUAGAUACUAUGUCUAUCUAGCUCUACACUGCAACACAAGAAAAAUGCUUCUCCUUUAUUUCCACGCCAUGGAUCAAAACUAGUGAGAAUUUUUUGCCUGGGACCUUUUACAAGAUUCACGAUUUAAAACAAGUCAACUAAAACGGCUUUUUAACCAGCUCAUGAAGCUGCAGCUUAAUUAGCUGGCCGCCAACGAUAGUUGUCAUUUUAGCAAAAUCGACGGUUGCCGGCUAGAAAUGAGAAGUCUGCUUCUGUCCGCCUCUGUCUGAAAUAAAAAUAAAAAAAAUUGUAAGAACUUAAACAGGAAAUCUGCCGCCGUUAUCAUAAAAAACGUUAACGCUUGACAGCAACUGUAACUACAAGGGGCGGGGCUUAGUGAACAGUCAGUUACGAGACAACACGAUUUUGAGAGUGUAAACUAUUUCUGAAGUCUCAAUAUCUUAUAGCCAGCACAACAAAAUGUCAGUUGUUGCUCGAUGACUUACAAUUUAAUUUGAAAUACCAUGAAUGCUGAAUGUGUUUUCAAACUGCUUUUAUUAAGAAAAAUGUAACCGUACAUUAUGUAGGCGGCACAUCAUUUAGAGAAGUCCAUGUGUUUCAUGUAUCCUUCUAAUUUUCAGUUGUUGCGUAUCAGAGCAGAAGCUUUGAACUUUGUAAUACUUUUCUCACUCAGAAUCAAUUGUUUGGGUUAUUUGGAUGGAGAGGCAGCAGAUUUAUGGGGAAACACCUUGUCUUGUUGAAUAAAACCAGCAUCUAUCGUAGCAGUAAAUGUAGCUUUUUAAAGCAUCUGAAAACAUGAUGCGCCAUCCAGAUUGUAAAGAACCAAGUCUUAGCUGGAUAUUUGCAGAGUAUCUGAGACGGGAGACAAUGGCAAAUAUUACAAAGAAAACAGUGUUAUGGAUUUGAAUAUAACUGUUAUAAAUAUAUAUAACUGUUUUAAAACAGUGUAUUGAUUGAAACUUUUGGAUUGAGGUGUUUUUGUUCCUGUGUUAGUUUUGAGCCCUCAUUUUAUUGAUUUAUAUGUUUGUAGCAUGAACUCUUUUGGCAAUAUACUGUGUACAUGCAGAUAUAUAUCAUUUGCUUGCCGACUCUCCAUAAGUGUGACUUAUCUUUGCUUUCUUUGCACAGUGUCUUUGUGGUUGUAUUGAAUAGCCCAGGGCAAAUAAAAUCUCACAGAUUUUCAGCACAAAAAAUGUUA